AAGUGGGCGUGGUUUCUGCACAUGGUGGCGAUGGCGGGCGGCGUGUCCGGGAGGACGGACCCGUUCCCCGGGCCGGCGCCGGUGCCGCGGGCCAGAGUGAAGCGGUUCCUGCGGGGCACGGAGGAGAAAGCGCCCCGCGCCGUCGCCCCCCGGCUCCGCUGGCACCUGAAAAAUUUGGGAAAUCAGGAAAAUUCGGCGGCGGAAAAAGCGGCGAGAUGGGAACCGCUCCUGCCCGAGGAGCCGGGGUUUCUGGAGGCGGAUCCGGGCCAGGACACGGCGAGGAUCUCGCAGCGCGAAAUCGCCGAGGCCGUGGACAUCGCCAGCGCCUCCAAGCACUUUGAGCUGCGCCUGGAGCAGUUCGGGCCCUACCGGCUGGACUACACCCGCACCGGCAGGUGAGCGCACCAGCACGGACCAGUACGGACCAGUACGGACCAGUAUG